CUUCGCGACAACCAACAAAAGGUACCUAACACAGGUAGUCUACCUACUCAGUCUCCUCACGUCACGAGUUUUUGCAUCGUAACGAUUGAUUGUGUCUAUCACAGGCAUAUUCACCACAUGCCAGUCUCCUGCGUAUUAUAGGAAUUGCAGCGAUGCCUCGACCGGCUGCUGUCCCGCGACCGCAGUCGGUUUGCCAGAUCUGCGACUCCAUCAUCGCUCGCCGUUUUUAUUCUACAAAACCCGCAUUGAGCUCUCAUAAUACUACCCGGCAUCGACCGCAAAUAGUACAACAUGCUCUACGAGCAAAUGCAGUCCAGAAGGCCCUCUUAGCCUCUACUGUACUAUCAACUAAAAAGAAGAUACUAGAGACUGGUAACACUCGGCAUACUCUAGGAGAGCAUGAUAGUAAAAUCAGGGCAACACCUAAGACAGCAGCGAGCGAAGAGCUGUCAUCUGUCACUAAUAUGAUGACUUAUUUGGAACGGAGCAAAUCAAAAGUACUCUCGAACAAACGCAUACCGUCAGAAGCGGACGUGAGUGCUGCUCUCCUGGCAUGUCGCGUAGUGGCCGAUUAUAUUAUGGACGAUGCUGUACAACCACAAAUCGCUCAUAUGAUAAAUGAGUUUGACUCAGCCGCUUCUGAACUACUUUCGUUGGAUAGCACAAGCAAUCCUAACUUCCCCAAGUCCAUAAAUACUGCUACUGCCAGUAUAGCGAGUCAGGUCAAGCAGAUCAUCGAUAAGAUAUCAGACACCGCCUACGCGGUAUUAGCUCACCCGCCUGUCUUCAUAACACCAGAACUACUGGAAAAAUAUGUCGACGUACAAGCACGUCUAGGCAAACCAGAAACACUCCCCCAAGUGUUUCAACUGUAUGCAUCAAAACCCAUGCCUCGCGAAGGAGCUGGGUCUAUCAGCUACGCAAAGCAGAAUCCCAACAAGGUAGCAAAUGCCAUUGAGCCUAAUGUGAUCGAGAAAGCUCUGGACACUGCAAUUGAGGCGAGAAACUUAGAUGCGGCAGUUGGAAUUAUCGAGAAUACCUAUGCCACGAAAGCUUUCAUCCGAAACAAGCUCUUACGCAAGGCCCUACUACCCGUGGGGACCUUUGCAGCCACACCGUUGGCGGCAUACGUCCUUGCUAGGAACUUUUCCGAUCUUCAAAAUACUAUGGAUAGCGCUACCGCGACUAAUGUUGCGUUCGCUGGUAUAUUGGCUUACGUAGGCUUCACAGCAUCGCUCGGCGUUGUAGCCCUACUUACUACAAACGACCAGAUGAAGCGAGUGACCUGGGCCCCGGGAGUACCUUUACGACUACGGUGGAUAAGGGAAGAAGAGAGGGCUGCGUUGGACAAGAUUGCUUGUGCGUGGGGAUUUCGAGAGAAGUGGCGCCAAGGCGAGGAGGAGGGAGCGGAUUGGGAUGCCUUGAGAGAGUAUAUCGGUCAGAAAGGAAUGGUCUUGGAUCGGACAGAACUAAUGGAAGGGAUGGACUUCUAGUAGAUCUAAAGCCCACCUAUUCCUUAACUACUGGAUGAGAUAACGUUAGUUUAGAGCCAGAUCUGCUCUUUUAGCAACGAUCUUCGCCAAGAUCUGGUCGCGACGUUAUUGCACCUAGGCACCCCACCGCGGACGUCGGAAGUGAAAGGUAGCGGAUCUAUCUGUCUAUGUACAGCGAUCCGGACGGGGGUCAUGUGAAUAAGAAAGCAUGGCAAACCUAUUGUUGUUAUUAGUCUACAUCAUUACUCGCAUAUCGGCCUUAAGGAAGGGAUAAGCUAUCGAUUUCUACAGCCUUCAUACUGGAGACUUAAACAUGUGGCGGCCGCUCUCUCGGUGUAUAGACAGGGACUGCGCGACUUGUCAUGGCUAGGCAACGCAUCAUAGGACGCUUCGGCUGUACUUGGCGUUCAUCGAUACUUUACCUCUAGCUUUGAGACUUCAUGUCUUUGUUCGAUUAUAUAAUAAGGCCUUUGUCCUC